CAGAAGUCAGAUCUGUAUUUAAUGACACCUACCAGUCCUCACAGUGUAGAAGAGUACAUCAUGUUGCAUAGCGUGUUGGGUUUGGUUGUCACCGUCGUUGCCGUCUGCAGUGCGGAUGUGUGUCGUCUGCCGUCACAUCUGUGGUGUAGUUCCAGGAAAACAGCUGAAGACUGUCAAGUAACACAACAAUGUUCAGCCCAUGAUUGGAGACAUCAGGCAGCAGCGCCACCUGUCAACCUGGUGUUGUACUACGAGGCCUUGUGCCCUUUCUGUAAGCAGUUCAUCACCGAUCAGCUGUACCCAACCCACGUCAAGCUUGAUGGGGACAUCCUCAACAUCACCGUCCUACCAUUCGGCAACGCUGAAGAGAAGCAGGAGGGCAACAAAUGGAUUUUCACGUGUCAGCACGGGAGAUCGGAAUGCGAGGGCAACCUUAUUGCAACCUGUGCCUUGAAGACCACGUCCUUCAACUCCACAGCCUACCUGCCCUUCCUCAACUGUAUCGAGACCGCCGCCAACGAACACGUCCUAUGGCCUGCUGUGCUUAAAAAUUGUGCAGUUCGAAACCAUGUUUCGGAGGCCGACAUCAAGAGCUGCAUGAAAAGUGAUGAGGGCAACGAACUGGAGCACGAGAUGGGCGUGGCCACCAAGAAAGAGGGAGUGGAGUAUGUCCCUUGGAUCGUCAUCAAUGGUCAGCACACAAACGCGACAAACCAGGAAGCCCAGGAUGACCUCCUCAAGUUGAUCUGUAAGACCUACACUGGCCCCAAGCCUCAGGCAUGUACUAGUACGCUGACCACAGAUCUGAGUGUGUCAUAUAAACAUCCCCAAUAAUCCAAGUUGGCGCAGGAAACAUCAUUGAUGUAGAUUGUUUGUAUCAGUGAUGUUUUCUGGUCAGAAUGAUCACAACUUUACAAUUCGCACAUGAUUGUGAUGACUCUGUAUACAAUAUUUCACAAAAUAAAUGUCGUGAAUUUUAA